AUGUCCUUAACACUAAACACUUUGAAAAAUAAGAAAAAAAACGAGCUUAAAGAAAUCGCACAAGAUCUUGGAUUAAGCACCACUGGAUUACGAAACGAACUUGAAAGUCUCAGAAAUCCAGAGCUGUUAUCAGAAAACGAAGCUCCACCACGUCGCUCUGGUCGCCAAAGAAACUUAAAUAAUACUAACACAAGAUCUAGGCACUCUACCAAUGGUGAUAGAUCCAGCUCUGAUGACGAAUCUUCAAAAUCAGUUGAUAACGAAAUUAAACAGGAAAUGAUUAUUAGUGAAACAAUUCGAUCAGUAACAGAAAUUGAAGAAAUAGAUGUGGCUGAAACUAGUUCCCAACAAGAAAACCAAGAGAAUCAAGAAAUUUCACAUAUCGUUGGCCAACCCAUCACUACUAAUCUUAGUUUUUCCUUAAAUGUUGAGAAGAUCAAGAGUUAUAUUCCUAAAUUGAGAACGCCUCAACAUCACACCUACAGUCCUCUUGUUUUUUCGGUUGCUAAAUAUGGAAUAUUUCUAAUUUCUAACGGAAAUUUUGAUUGGGUUGAAGAUAUCCAUGAAUUUGUUCCGGAUAAUUUAAUUUACACAGGAGCAGGAGCAGGGGUCAUUCUUUCAUUUUAUGAAACCAUUUUAAGAAAAUAA